AUGUCAUGCGAUUUUCUUGUCCUAGCUCUACAAUGGCCAAUAACCUAUUGUAGGCCACCAUCCAAUUGCAGGACAGGGCUUCCACAAAGUUUAACAAUACGCGGUCUGUGGCCGUCUACUAAGUUUCCGCCUUAUCCUGCACACUGCGUUGGAAAAGAUUUAUCGUUAAAUAUGGUUACGUCAAUAGAGGAUCGACUUCACAAUGAAUGGCCAAGUCUAAAUUCCGGUCAAAGUGAUUUUUCUUUUUGGGAGAUGGAAUGGAAUAAACAUGGAAAAUGCUCAACCGAUGUCUUUCCUGAUCCACUUACUUAUUUCAGUUUUGCAUUAACAAAGAGUAGAGCUGCUGAUAUUAUGAGGGUACUUGAUUUGAAUGCUAUCAAGCCAAGUCAAAGAGAAAUAUUCUCAGCAGUUAGAAUUGUGAGUGCUAUAGUCAAUGCUGGUUUUGGAGUACCUCAACUUGAGUGUAAUUAUUUAGCAUACCCUUCUGAGUUAAGAGAAAUACGAUUAUGUCUACAUACUAACGGAACAUUCAUGCAGCGGUGUCCAUAUAACAACUUAAAGAUAGGUUGUGGACUAACAUUAAGUUGGCCAUUACAAUGA